ACGCCAGCCGAGGCUGCGGGGGCUGUUCCCUGAGGCGGCCGGGCCCUAGCCCCGCGUCGGGUUGGCUUGGUGCCCUCAGCGGCCAUGAGGCGAACAGGCCCCGAGGAGGAGGAGGAGGCCUGCGGCGUGUGGCUGGACGCGGCGGCGCUGAAGAGGCGGAAAGUGCAGACACAUUUAAUCAAGUCACACACCAAAAUGCUAACACUCUUUCCUGGAGAGAGAAAGGCUAAGAUCUCUUUUACUGAAAGAACUCCACCUGCAGGCGUUCGGCAGACCAGCAUUGCUUCCUUCUUCACCUUGCAGCCAGGAAAGACAAAUGGUGGUGAUCAAAGGAGCGUUUCAUCGUAUAUAGAAGGUCAGACCAACAGAGAUUCUAAGAAAGAUGCAACCCAGCUAGACCAUCUGAUCCAGGGCUUGGGGGAUGAUUGUGUGGCACCCCCUUUAGCUACUUCAACCCCUACAGACAUCCAGGAAGCUGGACUUUCUCCUCAGUCUGUGCAGGCUUCUGGCCACCACAGAAUGGAAACCCCAUUCUUGACUGUGCUGUCUUUGUUCCAGCCUGAGACCUUAGUCUGUGCUGGUGAGAGUCAGGAGUCACUAGCUUGUUCCUUCACCCAGGACUUGGAAAGUUCUUGCUUGAUGGACCAAAAGGAGGGAGAGAUGGAUUCUUCCUGGAAAAAGGAAUGGCUUCAUGGAUCUAAGAAAAAGAACUGUCAAAGUAUGGAGAGACGCAGUAAACCACUAGGGGGCAAGAGCCAUCAGCCCUUGGACAAACCUAAAUUGGAAAAGAUGUCUGCCAAAGAAAAUAGGCAUGCCCCUGACCUCUUUCAAACAUACAGGGAGUCCUGGAGUGGAGAGAACACAGAAGCAGUGAAACAAAGUUCUUGUCCUGUUCCUGUGGUUUCCUGGGACAGCGAAAAGAAUGACAGGGACUCCUGGAGUCAGCUUUUCACUGAGGAUUCUCAGGGCCAGCGGGUCAUUGCUCACAACUCUAGAGCUCCUCUCCGAGAGGUAACCAACAACCGGAACCAGGGCUUAGGGCAGUUUCCUAACAGCCUUUGGGCUCAGUGCCAGGAUAGGCCCACUCUGUUAAAUUUGCAGCCUGAUUUGCUCUUUACCCAGGACUCUGAAGGUAAUCAAGUUAUCAGGCACCAAAUCUAAAUAUCUUUGAGGGUUUGGUUUUAAAAAUACUUUCUGAAAUGCCAGGUAUAGGAAAAUAUCUUGGGGAGAGGUUGGUGGGGAGUAGUUUGGGUAAGGGGUAGGUAUGGGAUGAAGCCGUUAUUGUUGUUGAACAUUUUCUUUGUGUAAAUAAAGCAGGUAGUGACAUUUAUUGAGACAAUAUGGUUGGCAUCAUGCCUUUCCCUGAAGAAAAGGUGGCUGGUGCAUUCCCUGUAUGAAUCUGGUGAGCACUGAGGAGACAGGGGAGGGGUAUUCAUCCCUCCACUAAAGGGCCUUACUCAGCUGCACUGAGCCACUUCUUUGCCCUUUCAUUUGCCUAACUGGGAUAUUGCUUUUUAUAGUGUAUACUUUUAAUCUCUGGUUGUAAUCAUACGUACUCAACCUAAGCUUGGGACCACUAAUUCCUGACACUAUUUUGAGUGGAAACAGGGGCAGGGAUCCAGAUAGAGAAGAGGAAGGUACAAUGAUGGCAGUUUUAUUUAUUAUUUUUUGUUAUUUUUAUGGCGACUUUACAGCAUUUUAAACUUCUCUGUUUAAACAUCUCUCCCUUAAAAUUCCUGAGCUAUAUAACAAUCUGGAUGUGACUAUAUCACUCUUCUACAAAGUGGGAGAGAACUCCCUUUGUAAAACAGUCCAAAUAAAUGACUGUUUACAAAA